AUGGAGUUAUGGUGUCGGGUGACUUUGCUCAUGUAGCAGUCAAAGCCCCAUUACUGGGUAGGCGGCUGUUUUCAUAUUGCUGUAAACCGGGCCUAAUUGUCACACUUAAUCAAUUGGUCACCUGAAUUUACUUUUACGAGAUAUUUACCCAAAAAACUAUCACAGUUCACAAUGAUUUAGACAUCUUAAUAUUAACCUUAAGCUGUCCAAACUAAAGUUCCUCAGUCCAGUCUCAUCUUUGCUAAUACUUUGUCUAGUUCUGGUCGCUUGGAUGAGGUGGCUUAUUUACUGCUGUUAUCAACUGCCUUGAACAUGGGGAUUAAAACUCCCAGUCCUUCACUUGCAAUAGAGGGCCUUCACUGUAUCGCUGGAGCAACAUGACGAACAUUGUUGCUGGCUUUUGCAAAAUCUACAUUAGGUUUUGGAAGACGUGCACUGACUAUUUUUUUGCUUGUCCUGAAAACUAUGAUGGGCCUUAAGCUUCCUGAUGGUGAUCUUGUUAAGAGGACGUUGUUCCCCUUAUGGACAUUGUGUAUGUACCCUUGACUGUAAAUGAAAGUCAACAUUUCCCCAAUGUUUCUCACAACACUCACACGAUCAAAGGGCUCUUUGAUAUGGCAUUUCUUGAGUGAUUCUGUUGGUGUCAUAAUAGUUUGGCCAUUGGCACAGUAAAAAAUGUAAAACUUGUAAAACUCUGCUUUACCAGUACAGACACCAAACAGGUGUAGUAUACCAUGGUGAUUGCCUAACUGGGAAAUAACCAUGGCUUGGAAGGCUUCCUGUUUGGCUUGCUCCAACACUUUUGCAGAAGAAUUGCAAUGAGGCAGUUGAACUCUUUUUCUGACUUGGAAUUUUUCAGAUGAUCAACGAUCCAACAAAAAUCCCAAGUGCCCAGCAAAAUACCUUUUAAAUCAUGUCAAAGCAGCAUGUGGAUGUCCAGUGCACAUAUAUACAGUACCUGGCACAGAAAAAGGUCUUGUCGGUGGAAUACAAGGUUAUUUGAGGGCAGAUGGAUUGGAUGAAUACGCAUGGUCACAAUCUCAUAAGUAUGUAACAAGCAAUUGUAUCCAGUGGUGGGUGGUAAACUCUGAUAAAUUUAAUGUAAAGUGAAAGUCGCUGAGGAAGUUGAACCUUUUAUCAACCUCCUUUGAACUUGGUUAAAAAACUUUCGCUAGUUUUCUGAUAUUGGUGCAUCGCACAGGAAAAAAGAGUGAAAAUCCAUUAAUGUUUUUUUAAAUGGGAAAUGGUAUUUAAUCCAUUCUUAAAAACCAUCCAUCGGAAAGGCAAAUAAUAACCAUUCAUGGUUUUUUAAAAAUCCCAUCAAUGACAUUUGGUAAGUUUCACAGUGAUGGGUAAUAUAAUUAUAAUUAUGAUGGAAAUCAGGCAAUAACCAUUCAAAUUUUGUCUGAUUAUUAAGCUUUUCCAUGAUACAUAAGUGAAACAUUAUGUAAAAGAAGCAGUAAUCAUGAAUGUAAAGUAAGACUUAAAGCAUGUCAUUGAACUUUUCCCAUGAAUGGAAUUAGCCUAUCAUUCAUGGGAAAUGGUAGUAUAGCCAUUAAUGAGAAUUGUAUGGGGAAUAUGAGAAAAUGCUAAUAACCAUGAAUGGGAAUAAAUUUUGCACCAUGGUUAUUUCACUAUUUCCAUCAUGUGAAUUACCCUAUCAUUCAUGGGAAAUGGUAGUAUAGUCAUCAAUGAGAGUUGUAGGGGGAUUAUGUGAAAAUACUAAUAACCAUGCAUGGGAAUAAAUUUUGUACCAUGGUUAUUACACUAUUUCCAUCAUGUGCAUUAGCCUAUCAUUCAUGGGAAAUGAUAGUAUAGCCAUUAAUGAGAAUUGCAUGAGGAACGUGUGAAUUAAAUGAAAUCUAUUAUCUGAAAAUGUCUGCAACAUAAAUGUAUGGGAACAAAUUUAUAGCAUGAUAAGUAAACUAUUUCCUUACUGAGAAUUGCUCACCAUUUAUGGGAAUGAUGGUUGAGUGAUUUUACUUUGACUCGUCAAACAGUUACUAACAACUACUACAAAGUAGCUACUUAAGUAAACAAAAGAAGACAAUAGAAUUAGUGCAUAAUAGUUUGUAGUAUUCUACUGACCCAUUUCACGGGUUAAGUAGAAUCACUCUAUUGCCAUGCAUGUAUUAAUUAUCAAGUUCAGGGAAAUAAAUGCCAAAUCCAUUAAUAUGUGGAAAACUGUUCCCCACUGAAAUUCCAGUUGCAAACCAAUUUCGCUUAAACCACAGGUCACUUGUUGUUUCACCGAUGCAUUAAGUGCCAUAAAUUUCAGAACAGACCCUUUUUUAUUCUGUAAACCCAAAAGGCAAUGGUAUUUCAGUCAAUUAGAAUGACUCAACAUUCCUUGCAAGUGUGAGAUUUUCUCAGUACCAUAGAGUGGCGCUUGCGCGUAAACCAGCAUCAUUUUGGCAGGCAAACGUGAUAGCCGUCGUCCUCCUAGAACUGGUUUUUGCGAGAAUGUCCUAUAAUGGCGGAAAAAAGUUGUCAAAUGGAAGAAGGUUUAUCAUUUUGGGAUUGAAGAGAGCUUAACCUCUUGCUAUGAAACAGUGGCAACUUUUAUGGUGAAAAACAGUACGACGAAGCUCUUUAGGCUGUAUAUCGUGUCUAGAUACCCGGCAGCCGGGCACUGUUUUCAAAAAACUAGAUACCCGGCAGUCAGAAAUUUUGGGAAAUGCGAAAAAACGUGAAGUUAAAUCUCCUACUCGUUACGAUCUGAACUCGCAUGAUCUGAACUACUAGUUCAGUUCAUGCGAGUGUUUAUUGCAGGGAAGACUUCAUCAGUUUACUCUUCGAAUCCGGCAGUGAACUUACCUUUGAACUUUGUUGCAAUUUCUUCAGAGAAAUGGUCGCCAAUAAAAUCAAAUACUUCCUCUUCUGUCCAAGAAUCAAUUGCUAAGGUUUUGUCCUCCGUACUCGACAUUUUUCCUUUUUUUCCCCUCAAUUCUUUGAGGAUAUAAGACCUCUAGUCUGUACAAAUAAUAUUAAACUGCUCGGCGCGCCCUCCUUGUCGCAGCAGCAAGAAGUUUUAUAUUUGGGUUUACGCGGGAAAAACCGAUUAGUUUGGCGCAGUCUGCGCAGUCUCCGUUAGCAGCUUGCGGACCAUCAGAAUCAUGGGCUCUUAUUUCCAGCUAUGUGAGACUUAAAAGAAGACAAAUAUUAAAGUGUCUCUAAAAAUCCUGAGUCUUCAAGCUUAAAGGUUAAGUUUAUGUUUUAAGCCGGCUUCCCGGUAUUUACUUUUUUCACAGAUGAACUCGAGGCAAGAAAAUCGCUCAAAGCUUUCUUUUACAGCCAGAAUUAUAACUAAAUGUUCUUUGGAACGUUUUCUUUCUAUCUGCGGUGAGAAAAUGUCUAAAGACUUUUGAAAUGAAUUUAUACGCUUCACUAAAAAAGUUACAAGAUUUAUUUAACAAUUUAUAUUAUAAAUAUUUACUAGUGUUUAAUUUACAUGCCCCAUGAUUAGAUGUUCUUGACUCUAUCUAAUGCUUCUAUUGUGCUUUCCUCCAAAAUUACAACUUUCCUUAAAACCUUAAAACCUUAAAACCUUUUGUAAGGUUUAUGUUAUAUAAUGUAAGACACUUUUCACGGGCUAAUCGAUUGUCCAGUUGGCAACUUUAUAUCAUUUAUUACUUUGUUUGUGGAACGGUAUAUAAGAUACAUAAAUGUCUUCAGCUUGUUGAGAGAUUACACAGUAUUGUCACAGAGCUGAAAUGAUGAAAGACUUUGUGGGCCCACAUAGAUGAUCAAUAAGUUUCUUCACUCAGUGGCGAAGAGCAGGCAGAUUCAUGCCAAUAAACUACAGAUCCAGGUGACUUGAAAGGCAUUAGAAACAGUAAAAGUAAGGAUAUAGACUAAAAUAAUAUAUGUUCCCUUUACUAUCAAAACCUUUGGUUUUAUACCAAGGCCCUAAAAUUAUAUUAUAUCACAAGUGCAAGAAAAUCAGAAAAGUGGCAACGCAACAACAUUUUUGGGCAGUUCAAAAAAAGCUCAAUCAGCUAAAAAAGGGACGCAUAUUGAAGCCAAUGGGGCAGUAAAUUGCGCCUUGCAGUAGUGCGAUGUUCUUUUUGUUGAGUCGCUCUAUGAUACAUGGUAAUUGGCAAUCAUUAUUUUCAUCAGCUGGGACCUUGCUGUUUAGUGCUUUCCUUAAAGUCAUUUAAUCACGAUCUCAAAGAAGGUGAUCAGUGCCUGAGUAUUUCAUUGCAUUACGUUUCUUCAGGUGGGGCCUUGUGAUUGCAAAGAAGCUGCUGCUUGUCUUUUCUUUUCUCAAACUUAUGGACAUUAUUGCUUAAUUACAGUCACCUCUAAACUACAUCCAAUCUUCAACAUCAGUAAUUAUAUAUAAAAAGUUCUCCACAGCCAUAAGCUUAUGAUGGUGGGAAGAUUUAUCUCAGCUAAAACUAUCUAGGAUUUGGGUGGAUUUUCAUGACAUGUGGUCUCGAGAGGAGCCCAACAUGAUCAUUUCUUCUCCUCUUUCUUCACUUUCACAAAAUCUACUUCAGUCUUCUUCAUUUUUACACUUGGGCCCGGCAAUUCUCUCUCUUUCCAUGUAAUCCAAUCAGGGUUAAAAUUGGGUCAAUGAACUGUGUUGAACUCCUCUGGAGCUCAGACGUAACGAAAAGCAGCCCAAAUUUUGGCCCUGUAGGCUGGGGAAGCAGUUCGUAUUUGGCGGUCCAUUUCAGUGAAAUGCCACUCCCUCCUUUCCUGUACUUUUUGUCUUUCUUCCUCCCUCUUUUCUCUUCUCUCUUGACUCCUUUGUCCUCUUCCUCACUCUUAUCCUCUUCUUUAAAUUGCUCUCAUUCUUCCUCGCCAUCUCACGUGGUGGUCAGCGAUGUUUCUGGGUCAGACAGUGAAAUUUUUGUACGUUUCGUUUCGUUUGUGAAAGUAAAAGAGACUACUAGACUAGAGUCUACUGCAAUUACAUACAGCAAUUGCAGGACUGUCCAGGUCAUAUCUCUUGCUUGUGCAGCUCCACAAACAUUACUUUCCUGAUACUGUAAUGCUUUGUUUGGCUACAGAUGAAGAUGCUGGAAGGAGGCAUCAAAGGUAGAGACAGAAAAAACACCACAAUCAAAGCUAUUUUCUUGCCGUGUGAUUUCACGAGGUUCAUUUCCUAAAAAGUGCCAUUCAUUCGAGACUUCAUUCUUUAAACUUUAGGAGAAGCCACAUCUUCUUUAUGGUACUUUCAAUGGCGGGCUUAACGAAAGACCUUGCAUUAAUAUUGAGGGCAGCAACUUUGUUUUUUGGGAAGAACCAUUGGGAGAAACCAGUGUUCCCUUUUUCCUGGAUUGCAGGGCACUAGGUAGACAUCCUGCUCCAGAAUUGGAGCCAUGUCUUUCAGAACUUGCUCCACAGGUUUGUUCCCGAUGCACUAUUCAAAUUUUUCCCAUUCAAUCACCUCCUAACGUACAGGUGAUUUUUCUGUUGGGGAUAAAGAUACGCAUCUUCCUCUUGAACAGGAAAAAGGGGCCCAACAAAAAUAUAGAGUCAACUUGUUUGAAUUGCACCAACUACAGAUCUCUGCAAACAGUAAGUUUAGUUUCCUCACAACAUCAUCAGUGCUCACCAAUGACAAAAGCUGUAGUAUCGUCAGGAUGCAUUAAUUUACCUUGUGAUACUGAUUUCGAGACUAACAGUUAUGCCGCGGGCUUGCAACUUAUAGCCAAGGAUCUUAUGGUCUGCAAAAUCAAACAGCGAUAGCAAAUGGUUCGGGGUCCUGUCAUUCGUCGGCAUGCAAGCAGCACAAGUUUCAUUGUGCCAUUUGCUAGUCACAUCGGCUAUAUUCCCUCUGUGUUCCUGACAUAGACAGUACGCGUAAUUUUGAUCUCUUUCAUCCUGUGAAUCUCUUGUGAUGGGUUCUCCCAAGCACGUGCAGUCCACCCAAGAAGCUGUCCAAACAUCGCACACUCUCUGUGGCACUAUUCCAGGACGUUCAACUUUGUAUGGUGGACAGGCUGCAUCUUGUCUAGCGUACUUUAAAGUCUGUUUGUCUGAAGUUGUCGCCUGUUCUACCUAGCAGAAAAAAGUAACAGGUGAGAUAGGUACAUCCACUGACUUAGCAACGUUGUCUACCUGCUGUGGUGGAUUGAAUUAAUUUUGAUGAAUUUUACACUGUUGGGAGUACCAAACUCUUCAGAGUGGGGAAUUUCCAGUUCAUUGUUCAGCAAGUACUGUAAGUGUAUUUACCUGCCUGUAAUCCACUAAGAAGUCUCCAAUCCUACUCUAUUUCAACUGGGUGCUUUGCAUCAAUAAAGUAAAGGAGAAAAAAUAUAAAACAUGCUUUGUGCAAGUAGUGACGUAAAUAUGUUAAAUGUCAAAGUUAAAUUAAGAUAAAAUGUUUUAACCAAGGUUGAUUCUUAAUUUCCUUGUUUCUUUUACCGAUCAAAAGUGAAUUUAGGUUUAGUGUUUUUAACCUAGAUUGAUUCUCAAUUUCCUUUGUCUCCUAGCCUCGAUUAUUCAUGAAUUAGGGCUAUGAAAAAAAGAAAACUGAAAAUCAGCUUUGGUAAGAAAAGUUUUAGCCUAAAUUUAAUUUUGACCUGUAAUAAAUACAUCUCAAGAUGAUUUGUUUUCAAAGGACAUAGACUGCAAAUGAAAAAUUAUGUAUGCCAUCAGCAAAUGCCAAUCUAAUAUUUUGAAGUCAGCACCUAUCAAAUCACUUUUGUCAGAGUGCAGAUCUGUUUUUUCAAUCCCGGUUUACUUGCAACUUAUAGCCAAGAAUCUUAUGGUCUGCAAAAUCAAAGGCUUUUCUGACGUCCGCAAAGACUGCUCCAAUAACUUUGCACCACUGGAAUUGCUGUAAAAAUCCUGUAUAGCAUUGAGUACAGUUUUGGGAUGCCACAGUGUUGCAGUACUGGGAACAUAGGUGUUCUGUUGAUGGAAUAGCUUUCUUGAAAUCCUAGGUAACUUUACGUGGGAGUUAAUAUUCUUUGACACCUCCCUUGAUUCUUCUCCGACUGUGGGUUUGCUAUGCCAAACUUGGGCCUGGUCUGAAGCCAGCUAGGUUUUCUUCAGAAUAGGACCUACAUGUAGUCAGAUUCCAUUUAUAAGAUCUUAUUGCCCACAUACAUUUAGCAAAGUCGUGACUGAAACACUAAUGGCAGAGGAACCAAUCCCAGUCCGUCUCAUUUGCAGUGCAGAAAAAUUCAAAUCUGUCCUUGUCAUGGGCAGUUUCUGACUUUAUCUGUGGAAGGUGAGAAACAUUAGUCUUACUCAACAGGCCUUUCACACGUAAAUUGUGAACUGGUUUUUGUUAUUUUGACCUCUUCUGUUGAGAAUAUAUUGUGCCUUUGUGUGGAGUGUGUGAACAUUUGGAGUUCCUAUGCCAAUCCUUUACUGGUGCCACAGGUCAUCAGCGCUCUGGCCACAACUCUAAAUUUUCACUUUUUUGACUUAAUCUGCUAUAAUUUGACACUCCUUUAGACAUUCUAGAGUGGUGCUGUGUGCUCUAGGAGGUUUCCCUUUCAUUUCUUCAGAUGACAUGACAUCUCCUCUGUUCUUAAUAAAGAGAUGAAUUGGCAAUAUAUCAUCAAGAAUUCUGAGUUAUAGGUGAACAAAUACAGUAAAACUUGUUUGUGUAAUGUCAUGUUGGGAACUUUUGAAAUGUACUGCUAGUUCACAGGUUUUUUAUUCUUAAGCAUGCUAGAGGUCUGGUUACAGAAGUGAACUUUAAAUUCAGUGGAAGUGAAGCGACAUACUGCCAAUAACAUUUCUUACAAGUGGCUAAAUAAACGGUUUUGGGACAGAGAAUUAACCCUACCAUGGCUAACGAAUGAGGGGCUUGCCUGUAACUGAACAUGCAUAAUUUGUGGAUUGGAUAUGAAUUAUUUUAAAAGUGAAGACAGAUUGACAGAUAUGUAUGGGGAUGCAGGAAAACAAUUAAUUAUAAAUGUGAGAGAAGGAUCAGGGCAGCUGGUUUAUAAAAGCGAACUUGACAAUAGAAAAAGCUUGGACCUGGUUCAUGCGGCUGCUGACUGGGAUAUGUUUUGCUGUCAACUGUUUGCGGCGGCUUCGUUUGAAGGGAGGGAGAAGAUUGGUGUGGCUGAUAAGUUGGUGCAGAUUGACAAGGGUAAGAUUGGAAAACGAGAAUAUGAUCGUGGACAUGUGGUGUAGGGUCAGUAGGUUUUGGUGGCGUAAAAAAGAUUCCAGAAAGGGUUUCAUCACAGCGGUAGAAGACCAAAUAGAGCCAACUUUGUUAAGUAUAAUCAAAAAGUGCAUCGAACCUGGAACAAUUAUUGUGUUGUACUGUUAANCCAUGGCUAACGAAUGAGGGGCUUGCCUGUAACUGAACAUGCAUAAUUUGUGGAUUGGAUAUGAAUUAUUUUAAAAGUGAAGACAGAUUGACAGAUAUGUAUGGGGAUGCAGGAAAACAAUUAAUUAUAAAUGUGAGAGAAGGAUCAGGGCAGCUGGUUUAUAAAAGCGAACUUGACAAUAGAAAAAGCUUGGACCUGGUUCAUGCGGCUGCUGACUGGGAUAUGUUUUGCUGUCAAGUGUUUGCGGCGGCUUCGUUUGAAGGGAGGGAGAAGAUUGGUGUGGCUGAUAAGUUGGUGCAGAUUGACAAGAGUAAGAUUGGAAAACGAGAAUAUGAUCGUGGACAUGUGGUGUAGGGUCAGUGGGUUUUGGUGGCGUAAAAAAGAUUCCAGAAAGGGUUUCAUCACAGCGGUAGAAGACCAAAUAGAGCCAACUUUGUUAAGUAUAAUCAAAAAGUGCAUCGAACCUGGAACAAUUAUUGUGUUGUACUGUUAAAAACGCGUGUGAACCUGGAUGUGGACCCUGAUAUCCUGGUGUUUCUAGACAAGUAUGGGUAAGAGUGAAAAAGAGCCCACCUUAAACAGUUGACAGUUGACCAAGAGUAACCUGACCCUGAAAACUGUGUGGAAUUGAAGGCCUGAAGUGACUCUAAUCUGAUGCCAAAUUCUCCUUUUUAUAAACAGUCAUUAGAAAAGUACAUCUUAAGCUAAGGAGGAUAUUGCAGUUGAUCAGAGGUCACUUGGGAUUUAUUCCGGGCCCCUUUUCAUUUUCCAAGAGAUAAACAUGUUAAUGGGAAAAACAAAAAGAUAACUGAUUUAAUGUAAAACUGUUGACUGAUAUAAUGAAUGCGUAACAAGUAAAGCUGAGGAAAUAAACAUUCUGUUUGGCCUAGACUUUCUCAAAGUCGUUCGCAUGGUUUUCUGGUCUGGUGUGGUAGGACCCGGCACCAACAACUUUUAUCCCUUGCAGCGCGCCAAAUUUACAGGUGGAAAAUUCCUCCUGUAAUGUUAUCCAAUCAGAGGCAGCCUUAUCAAACCACACGUCAAUCAAACAGAUCACGCGCGCAAGACCCUGUCAGGGUGAAAGUAAAAUUUGCUUUGCUGUUUUUUUUAUGUAGAGGCUUUUACUAAAACUUAAAUUUUCAGCUGGUUGUACGAUAUGUUCAGUCAAGGACGCAAUCACUUAUGGGUUGCAAAAAACACAGUACAAAGAUGUCCGUGAACAUCAAAGGAAAGUAAUCGAGGGUUACUGCAGUGGAAAAGACGUAUUUCUUUCGGCGCCAACAGGAUCAGGAAAAAGCUUGACUUUUGAAGUUGCUGUCUAUGUUUUCAACUAUUUAGAGCGUGGCGAAAGACUGGAAGUGUGUUCUGUUUGCUUAGUUGUUGUGCCACUAGUCGCCCUUUUGAAGGACCAAGUUGCCUCUUUAGUUGCCUGAGGAAUAUCGGCUGCUUCAGUUUGAGCAGACUGCACGAGGGAACAAGUAAAAGAAAUUUCGGAAGGAAAAUACUCGCUGGUAUUUGGAAGCCCCGAAGCUCUAUUGAAUAGCCACCAAAGCAUUUCUCAUGGAAAACUCAGGAAAAACCUUAAGGGUGUUUUUGUCGAUGCAAGUCACUGCAUUGAAAAAUGGUGAGCGAUUGAUUUGUUAUUGUUUGGGAUAUACAUUUGCAAGACUACAGAAUGCAAGAUCACCUGAAAAUUUCCAUAUCAUUUAAAAUAACAAAAGCAUCUAUUGUGUUAGGGCUCGUCCUUAGAUGCAACGUUUAUUUUUUGAAGAUAUCUGUUACCAUAAUCUCUUAACCAGAAGUACAAUAAGCUUAUAAUUAAUCAGACUUAAUAUAUUAUUAUAAUUUAUAUCUUGUAGCAAAUCCGUAUUUGUUCAGAAACCAGAGUUACAGUCAUUUAGUAUAGUAAUUUCUAGACUUUCUCAGAGUUGUUUCCACAGGUUUUCGAAUAAUAAUUUGACUGAAAAAAUUUUUUACUUUGACUGACAUUGAUUACUACUGCCUGAAUUGUUGUCUCGCGGAAACACAUCUCCUAGAAGAAGCUCCAGACUUUGACAAGUUUUUGUCUUCUGUUUCCCUGAAAAUAACUUUCUCCUUAACGCUGGAUUGUCUACCAGUUUGCCACAUUGUAGGCAAAUUUUUUCUGGCACAGCAACCCGAAUAAAAGUUUUAGUUGGUGUAUUUUCCGCCUCCAUUCAAUUAGCAAACCAUUGAUCGAUUUCGCGAGGUGCGAAAAGUAUUUUGACAGUUUGACAGGCAGCGCUGCAUGCAGCAUCCUGAGAAGUUCGCGCCAAAAUGACGUCACUGGAUGUGAUUCUCUGCGCUUCGCUCGGUGCUCAUACGAUCGUGCUUCGCGCUCACUGUCGCGCUACGCGCUCAAAAGCUCGACUUGUGAGCAAGUCUAUGUUUUGCCUUACUAAGAAUACUCAUUAAGGUUGAUUCCUAUAGCAUUUUAUCGAAAACAACUUUUUUUGUGCAAAUGAUAUAUACUUUUUUGGUGAUUGGUGAUGCAAAAACAAAUCUUUCUCUAUUCACUUGAAUGAUUGUCCAUUAAAUCUAACAUUUAAUGGGAUUAUCAAAUGAUUUUGUUUAUGUGAAAAUCUUAAUUGACCACUUGAAAAUUAAAAUGAUGUCAGUUUAUUCCUUUCUGCAAUGAUUGCAGUCAGUAUAUAGUUUCUUUGUAAGAACCAUGAAACUUAAAUGUGCAAUGAAUGAUGACCCCUUGGCCCAGUUUCAUCAGUCCACCUAUAUUAUGGCAUCAUGUCUUUCCUUGUUUUCUGUAUAUGACACGUAGUUGCAACACUUUGCAGUCAUGAGAACUGGUGGAGUUUUAUAGAGCACGAUUUACAUUUCGGUUUCUCUUUGUGCUUUUCAAACCAAUUUCUGGAGCACAUUGGCCCAUAAGUCCAUACUAGUUGAAGGUCACAGUCUGACUACACUCUCAAUUACAUUAGAAGGAUUCAGCUUUCCAAGGCAUUUGCUUGCAUACCAGACUGUCGCCCAAGCCGACAGCGAUAUGUUCCACGGCCAAGACCCCUACUCUUGCAAAAAGGUUGGGGAGAUGAGUGCAAUUGGUCAUCACAACAAUCACCACAGUUACAUUGCAGCCCGGCCUGAUGUUCAUAUGUUGCAGGUGCAUUCCAGACAGCGAUAGCAAAUGGUUCGGGGUCCCGUCAUUCAUCGGCAUGCAAGCAGCACAAGUUUCAUUGUGCCAUUUGCUAGUCACAUCGGCUAUAUUCCCUCUGUGUUCCUGACAUAGACAGUACGCGUAAUUUUGAUCUCUUUCAUCCUGUGAAUCUCUUGUGAUGGGUUCUCCCAAGCACGUGCAGUCCACCCAAGAAGCUGUCCAAACAUCGCACACUCUCUGUGGCACUAUUCCAGGACGUUCAACUUUGUAUGGUGGACAGGCUGCAUCUUGUCUAGCGUACUUUAAAGUCUGUUUGUCUGAAGUUGUCGCCUGUUCUACCUAGCAGAAAAAAGUAACAGGUGAGAUAGGUACAUCCACUGACUUAGCAACGUUGUCUACCUGCUGUGGUGGAUUGAAUUAAUUUUGAUGAAUUUUACACUGUUGGGAGUACCAAACUCUUCAGAGUGGGGAAUUUCCAGUUCAUUGUUCAGCAAGUACUGUAAGUGUAUUUACCUGCCUGUAAUCCACUAAGAAGUCUCCAAUCCUACUCUAUUUCAACUGGGUGCUUUGCAUCAAUAAAGUAAAGGAGAAAAAAUAUAAAACAUGCUUUGUGCAAGUAGUGACGUAAAUAUGUUAAAUGUCAAAGUUAAAUUAAGAUAAAAUGUUUUAACCAAGGUUGAUUCUUAAUUUCCUUGUUUCUUUUACCGAUCAAAAGUGAAUUUAGGUUUAAAGUUUUUAACCUAGAUUGAUUCUCAAUUUCCUUUGUCUCCUAGCCUCGAUUAUUCAUGAAUUAGGGCUAUGAAAAAAAGAAAACUGAAAAUCAGCUUUGGUAAGAAAAAUUUUAGCCUAAAUUUAAUUUUGACCUGUAAUAAAUACAUCUCAAGAUGAUUUGUUUUCAAAGGACAUAGACUGCAAAUGAAAAAUUAUGUAUGCCAUCAGCAAAUGCCAAUCUAAUAUUUUGAAGUCAGCACCUAUCAAAUCACUUUUGUCAGAGUGCAGAUCUGUUUUUUCAAUCCCGGUUUACCUGCUGUGGGUCGCAAGGUUGGUUUUCCCGCAAGAACUUCUAAAUCCUGUUCAAAGAGUUGCCAUAAUUCCUGGCAGAGCUAGCAGACGCUCUCGGGGACUGGGUGGUACUUCCUGCCGUUCUUAUUCAUCCCUCUGUCUUUGAGUGUUAGCUGUUGGGACUACCGCAGACACGUGGUGUACCAGUCCUGAACACAACAUGUCUGGGAGCUGGCUGUUUUCCUUUUUGUACCAUCCCAGAACUCCCACUUGGUCUUCGUGUUGGUUCUGCUGUAACUUGCAGUGCCUUUUAUAACCAUUAUACAGAAAUGUAACUAUCAUCCUCAUCUUCCUAAUCUUUUGUUUUAGAGAACUAACAAUGUUAUCUAACCCUCAUUUAUAAUCCUAUGUAGCAAUGAUAACAGUGACUAGAUCAGUGCAUCAAAAGGAAAAAAAAAUAGUGAAAUAAAGAAUGAGAUUUUGCAUCUGAAGCGAAGCAAGAGUUAAAGGUCUGUUUUAUUUGCUAGGGAUUGGAAAUAGGGGCCUUUGCUAAAAAAAAACAAAAAAACAGACCAGUUACCUUAACAAUAACUUGAGCUGGAAUAAUUGGUUGUAGGCUAAUGAACUGACUCGCUCUUAAUCACAUGAGAGACCCUACCUCAGAUCCUGUCUGCAUAGACACAGCACUGCAACAGAUUUUUAAUGUGUGUGGUCACAGUCAAAGUGUACUUUGGUGUUCCUUGUAAGGAAAGUGGAUUAUUCUCCUCCCCUGCAUCCCAGCUAACGGAAAGCCUGUAUGGGAAUUGUUUCGUGCCCAAUGUGCUGAUAAGGUUUGAACUUUCCUUGGUGUAAUAUGAUCCCUCCUUCUUUCUAGAACAGUGCAACAUUUCUGUUGCAAAAGUGGGCUGACUCGAACGGCACUUGAAGUUCGCUUUCAAAAACCAGUGCCAUCGUGCUGACUUUUAUACCCCUGCUGGGUUGGAGGUGGGCAUACAGUGACAGCAGCAGCAGGUCGCGGGCCUCCUGAGCGCGUUGCUUUUUGUUUUUGGUCAGUUACGGGGACGAGGUAUGUUAACAAGCAAGUAGGUCACUAGUCGUUAAAAGAGGCUGAUAUGAAAAUGUUGAGAUCUUUGUGUUGUUGUUUGAAACUUUCCAACGCAUUCCACUGGGAGAAAUAAGGUUUUUUGUGCCUAGCCUUGGUGGCACAAAUAUUUUCUUACUCUCAUCAACUAGGGCUGCCAUUUAUUUAUUUAUUUGUACAUUUUUCUUUUUCUAUUUUGUUUUGUUUGUCCGCUGUCAUGUUUAUACUAGCACACUUAUCAAUCCAACCACUUGUUUUGGGUUCUGAGAUCUUCACCGCACUGUCGCCCUCUCCAGAUCUCCUUGCUUCUGAAGGACAGUAGCCAUUCUUCGGAGCUGGGAGAUAAUGUGCAUGUCUUUGAAUUUCGGCCCCUUCAUCCAGUGGAAGUACUUCAGUGGGUAGAGCAGACUGCUGACAUGGUUGCUGGCAGUUACAGAUGUCAAUCUCCUCUCUUCUUGAUAUAGAGAGGAAUUGGCAAAGUUCCUACAAUUUUAAAAACGGAAGAUGAGAGAAAGUCAUCAGUAAACAGCACUGAUAGAAACAUUUGAACCUGUACACUGUCACCAAAAGAUAACAAUGUCAGUUUUUUCGGAGCAUUUUCUUGCCUAUUACCCGUAGGUAAUAGGCAAAAUACUUUGAUAUCAAAGCAAAACAAAGGAUACAAUCAGGCUGAAGCCUGAAGAAAAGAAAAGAAAACCAAAAUUUAGUCCGAAAGGUGAUCCAGGUAUGGCAUGGACUCCAAGGAAUUAUUCCAAUAUGGACCGUAAUCUUCAAUAUCUGACGAAGAUGCCUCUCCUGGUUUGGGCAGUAUGGAAACGCUGCAGUCAUCAUCAUCACUUUCGUCUUGUUCCUCACUCCAGGCAACAUCAUCAUGAUCUUCGUCAUGCUCGUUCUUAACGUCGACGUGGGAGGAAUUAGUUGCUUCCCUCCUUGCCUAGUAAGCCUGCGAGGUAGUCUUUCGCCUCACUGCUUAGCUGAGAUGUGUCAUUUUGGGAUACCUUUGGGAUACCUCUUUGUUUUAAAUUCAAAAAAAUCUCUUUUUGUAUGUGACCCUUUUCACAAAGAGAGUCCUUAUCUAAGCCAGGAGCGAUAUUUUGCAAAACCGCCGACAUCCUCUGUGAGGUACAAAAGGCCUUGUGUUUUGCAGUGCGGUGUUUAUUGUUUUUUAGCACAAGAUUUCCUCUUUAAGGGUGCAUAAUCAAUCUGAAAGAUAUUUGAGGCCUUUGCUCUGAGCUCACUGAGCUUGUAUUUAGUCGUAGCCAGCUUGGUUUUGCAAACAUCUUCAUGGCCAGAAUAUAAAAACAUAUUGAGUCAGAGUUGCAUCAAACCGCUUUUUUGGAAAAGGUAUAUUGACGAUGUGUUUUCGCUGUGGAAUACAAGUCUAGACAAAAUUGAGAGUUUUGUGAAAAAGGCAAAUAACUUUCACUCUAUGAUAAAAUUCAGGGCUGAAAUGUCAGAAACGGAGAUUACGUUCUUGGACACAAAAGUGUUCAAAGGGGUUAGAUUCGACAAGAAAUCAAUCCUAGAUGUGCAAACGCAUUACAAACCAACAGAAACAUUUCAGUACACAAACUUCUACUCUUGCCACCCACCAGGCAUGAAAAAAGGCUUCAUCAAAGGGGAAGCUCUCAGACUUCUUAGGACUAGUUCCUCGCAGUUCGCAUUUGAGAGGAAUAUCAGAUAUUUUCACAACCGCCUGUUAGAAAGAGGCUACCCUGCCGCUAUUUUAAGAAAGUAACUCUCUGGGGUAAAAUUUGCUUACAGGAAAACGGCCCUACAACAGAGAAACGAAUCUGCACACUAAAAACUUCUACCUUUUGUUACACAAUACCACCCGGCUUUACCUAACCUGAAGAGAAUACUUAUGGGGAAAUGGCACCUUGUACAAAACCAGUGGGGACUAAGAGAAAUCUUUAAGGAGCCUCCCUUCAUAUCUUGUCGCAAGGGAAAAUCUCUUAAGGACCUACUAGUUAGAGCGAAGCUCUGAAGGUCAUACUCCUUCCAAUAUGACUAGUGCAGGAGUCGUGUGAUGCCCGUCGCUUAUUUCUAACCAUUUCCUUCUUUGAUCUCUGAGUCGACAAACAUCACGUUAGAUGUUCAAGGUCCACACUUAAACGUGACAAAGUAGACAUUGUUGCUACCCACAUUGUGAGAUCCUUAGUCAACGGCGCAGAUAUGCUAAAUAACGAGGAAGACGAUGUUGAGGAUGAAGAAUCAGAUGACGAAUAAGAAAAUUAUGUACUGGAGGAAAUUGGCGAAGAAAGUGAGCAGGAAGAAGCGACAGAUACUGGCGAGAAAAGUGAUACAGAUCAAGAUUACGACGAGAGUGACAACGAAAGUGACGUUGGCAAUGAUUAG